UAUCUGCGCAUGAAUGUAUGAUGCCGUACGGAGCGAAUGCAUUUCUCCUGCUCAUUACCAAGAUUUACAUGAUUAUCGGGCUUAUGCACAACGCCACACCGUGCAAUUCAUAGUUAUGCAUCGCAAUAAGAACAUAAAUAGGACACGGCAAUUAUUCAUCUAGAGCGUCAUCAGAAGGUAUGCGAAAUAAAGAGUCCCCUCCCUGUGUUUAGAACAUGAUAAAGCUCCCCAUCUGCGUUCCGGGAAAUUCAGUCUAGUUUUCGUCCUGCUACUUCCACUGAUGGCUUCUGCUGAUCUCAAGGAGGAGCUGACCUGCGCCAUCUGCCCUGAAAUUUACCAAAAUCCUGUAACCUUGUCAUGUGGACACAGCUUCUGUCAAGAAUGCAUCACCAGAGCAUGGCGCACACCGGAUGAAGAGAGGAGGUAUAAAUGUCCUGAGCGCAGAGAAAUAUAUAAGACUUACCCAGUGCUUAGGAAAACUCGGAGACUCUCUAACAUAGCUGAGAUUUUCCGAUCUACUUACCCAGCGGAGGAGGACGUUGGGGUCUCCUGUACUUACUGUUACUCUCCUGUAGCUGCUGCUAAAACCUGUCUGCUGUGUGAAGCUUCUCUGUGCGAGAAACACUUACAGAAACACAGCAAGUCCCUGGAACAUGUCCUAACGGAACCCACCGCUUCACUGGAGAACAGAAAAUGCUCCGUCCACCGGGAGAUCCUGAAAUAUUACUGCACUGAGGACGCUGUCUGUAUCUGUGUGUCCUGCAACUUGGCCGGAGAGCAUAGGGGACACCAGGUGGAGACUCUGAAUGAAGCCUCUGAGAAGAAGAAGGAGAAACUGAGAAAUGUUCUGCAGAAACUGACCUCAACGCGAGAGGAGACAGAGAAACGAGUCCAGAGUCUGCAGGAGCGCAGGAGAGAAGUGCAAGAAAAAGCAGCUGGAGAAAUGGAGCGAGUCGCUGCCCUGAUUAGAGACAUCAAGGAACAGCUGGAAGCUCUAGAGAAGAAGGUCCUGAGUGAGAUCUCCGGGCAGGAAGAGCAGGUCUUACUCCAAGUCUCAGAUCUAAUCCAGCAGCUGGAAAUAAAGAAGGAGGGACUUUCCAGGAAGAUACAAGACAUCGGGGAGCUGUGCAACACGACUGACCCAGUAACUGUCUUACAGGAACGGGAAUCAGACCAUUAUAAGUUUUGUGAUGCUGAGGAGGGAGAUGAUAAUGACAGAGACAUUGAUGAUAGAAAGCUCCGUGCUGUAGAUCUGGAUGAGGGUCUGAUCUCAGUGAUUUUACACACAGGUUUAGCUGGUAUUGUGACCGCUGCAAAGAGACGUCUCGAUGCUCCUCAGGCUUCAGACAUAUUACUGGAUGUAAACACGGCUGGUAAUGAUAUAGUUGUAUCAGGUGACUUAAAAACUGUAUCCUGGUCAGAAAUAAACCAGAGUCGCCCGAAUACACCAGAGAGAUUUCAGGAUUAUGCUCAGGUUUUAAGCACCAGGAGUUUCUCCUCAGGGAGACAUUACUGGGAAGUGGAGGUCAGUGAAUCAGGGAUAUGGGGUGUAGGGAUGGCCUAUCCCAGUAUAGACAGGAGUGGACGUCAGUCACUGAUUGGAUAUAAUAAGAAGUCCUGGAGUUUGUGGGGCUGGUCGGGUAAUCAGUAUUUAGUGACACAUGACAGUAAAGUAAUCCAGUUACCUCACCGCCCGUCCUGUCAGAGGUUGGGGAUAUUCCUGGACUAUGAGGCCGGGCGGCUGUCCUUUUAUGAGCUGUGUGACCCGGUCAGACACUUACACACCUUCACUGCCACCUUCACUGAGCCGCUUCACGCUGCGUUUGGGGUAAGGAGUAAAGCCUGGGAGAAGAUCCGGAGCUGGGAAUAA